AUGAGCAAGCUACUUGUUGUCUUCGGUGCCACCGGGCAGCAGGGUGGUUCCGUCAUCGACUUUGUUCUAAACGACUCCGAUCUUUCGAAAGAGUAUUCGCUACGUGCAAUCACUCGCGACGCCACGAAACCAGCUGGACAAGCUCUCCAGAAGAGAGGAGUGGAGGUUGUGUCUGCCGACAUCGACGACUCCCAGUCCCUAAACGCAGCACUAGCCAAGGCCCACACUGUUUUCAUCGUGACAACCACAGUCUACGAUGAGCAUCUCAAAUCCCGCGAAUUCCGACAAGGAAAAGCCGCCGCUGAUGUAUCGGUCGCUGCUGGUGCUAAAUAUCUGAUCUUCAGCACAAGCCCAGCAUGCGAACACCUGUGGGGACACCCAGUCGACUCCUUCGAUUCUAAGGCUGAGAUCGAACGCUACAUCCGCGAACUCCCGGUUGCUAGUGCAUUCUUCGCGCCAGGAAUGUUCAUGCAGAACUUUUUAACCAACCAAAUUCCUCGCCCAAUCCCCGGACAAGAAGGCGGGGAGCUAACGUACGCCAUUGCGAAUUUUAUCUCCCCAGAUGCGCCGUUCCCUCUCAUCGAAGCAGCCAAGGAUAGUGGCAAGUACAUCGCUGCUAUUCUCACCGCGCCAGAUAAAUACGUCGACUCGAUAUUAUCCGCGGCAACAGGCUUCUAUUCGUACCGUGAAGCUGCAGAGAUUAUUACCCGCAUCACGGGCAGAAAGACGAUCUAUGCCCAGAUCCCACAAGAGCAGUGGACUAGCUACCUUCCUCCCAACUACCAACGCCCAAUGGGAGCCAUGAUGUGCUGGAUUGAGAAGCCUGGGUACUAUGGACCUCAGUCGAAAGAGUUGGUCGAAUGGACGGUAAAACAAGCAAGGGGCAAACUGACCAGCCUCGAAGAAUUUGUCGAGGAGCAUGCGAAGGAGAUGUUUCCGCAGUAG